AAGCCAAAUUUACCGACUAAAAAAAUUCUUUAUAAAUAAACACAUACGUUUCUCUCCAGAACAUUCAUUCUUGGAAGCACCGGACUUUCCCGCAAGUUUUGCAGAGUUAAAAGGCGUUCGAUAGUACGUCGAGAACUUUCCAGAGGAAACGAGAGGAGAUAUUGUUCAUGGUUGAGUUGGACAUCCAGAUUCCAAGUGCUUAUGAUCCCUUCGCUGAGGCCAAAGACUCAGGCGCCGCAGGAGCAAAGGAUUAUGUGCACAUCCGCAUACAGCAGAGGAACGGGAGGAAGUGCCUGACCACAGUCCAGGGGCUGAGGAAGGAGUUCAGCUACGAGAAAAUCCUGAAAGAUCUGAAGAAAGAGUUCUGCUGCAACGGCACCGUGGUUCAGGACAAGGAGCUGGGGAAGGUGAUUCAACUCCAGGGAGAUCAGCGGAAGAACGUUUCUCAGUUCCUCAUCUCUACCGGCAUCGUCAAAAAGGACGAUAUCAAAAUCCACGGCUUCUAAGGCCAAUCACUGUACGUGUUUGUUUCUCUCGGAUCUUCGUUUUCUAAUGCAUUUUAUAAUCAAGCUCUUGUAAAAAUUUAUUGGAAUACUGUAUCGAAUCAUUGGAGAAAACAGAAGGUCUGAUUCAGAACAAAUUACAAUCAGACAGGAAGACAGAUACA